GCGGGGCAAGUUACAUUGAGAGGGACCCAUGUAUUUGAGGCGGGGCGCUGGGUCUAGGCUACCCCUCGGGGCUCCCAUCGGAGUGCUGUUAAUGAUUCUACCGUGAGCUGGAGGAUCGAUAGGGAGAAUCAGCGAUUGGGACCAUUUGCCCAUCUUCAAGCAUGAGCCGCACCGCCUACGCUGUGGGAGCCCUGCUUCUCCUCUUGGGGACCCUGCUGCCUGCUGCUGAAGGGAAAAGAAUGGGUCCCAAGGCGCCUCCCCCUCCAGACAAGGCCCAGCACAACGACUCUGAGCAGACUCAGUCUCCCCAGCAGCCUGGCUCCAGGAACCGGGGGCGGGGCCAAGGGCGAGGCACUGCCAUGCCCGGGGAGGAGGUGCUAGAGUCCAGCCAGGAGGCCCUGCAUGUGACCGAGCGCAAAUACCCUGAAGCGAGACUGGUGCAAAACCAGCCGCUCAAGCAGACCAUCCAUGAGGAGGGCUGCAACAGCCGCACCAUCAUCAACCGCUUCUGCUAUGGCCAGUGCAACUCCUUCUACAUCCCCAGGCACAUCCGGAAGGAGGAAGGCUCCUUCCAGUCUUGCUCCUUCUGCAAGCCCAAGAAAUUCACCACCAUGAUGGUCACCCUCAACUGCCCCGAACUACAGCAACCCACCAAGAAGAAGAGGGUGACACGUGUGAAGCAGUGUCGUUGCAUUUCCAUCGAUUUGGAUUAAGCCUGGACACCCAGCCUGUUCUAGGGAUGCAGCCCAGGCAGGCCCAGAACCAGACCUAAAGCAAUCUGAUUCGAACUUGGCUUAACCCUAGAGGCAGGAAGAACCACCGGCUGCCUCCUGACAGGCACCUGCUAGUGCUUAGUUUGUGUGCAUGAGUGUGUAUAGGUGCCUGUGGCUGUUUGCAGACACCAGAGGAAACACAGUCUCUGCUAGGGGGCACUUCCCAUUUCCUAAGUGAAUCUGCUUCCAUAGGGAAUGGCACAGAAAGCCCACUCCCACCCAAGGCACAUUUAAAAGGCAUAGGGCUGAGCUCUGCUUUCUGCCUUUGUCUUCCACGUGCCCUCCUGGGGACCAGAAUCUCUCCUUAGAUGAAUGUUAACAGAAGAGCCUGCUCCGAGGGCAGGAGACCUGUGUUAGUGCUGUAUAAGAUUUGGAAAAGGUAUCUCAACCUGUGCUUGCUUCCUGCCUUCCUCCUCCCUUUCAUAGUCGACCCCUUUUUAGGAUCUCAGUGACUAUUUCAGUCUAAUCUCCUAUUUGCCAGGGGUUCUAAUUACCUCACUUGAUCAUGGGUGUGUUUCCCGUUUUUUGGAAGACCCUUCAAACUCUGGGGGAGGCCAGUAUAGACAAGGGUAAGAAAGGUGGAGGAGUGAGAGAAGAGAGGGUUUGAACGUGAGGACCAAUCGGACCCACCAGAAUUCAUUAGGGAGAUGUGCAGGGUCUUGGAAGGCCAACCCCAAAACACAGUGAGACCCCUGCGUUAGUAAGUUUUUUUUCCCUGGUAUUUAAUGGAACCCAAGUGAAUAGAGGAGACAUGAAAUUGCAAAAAAUAAAAUCAUUAACCUUGGCUGUCACUCUGAUGGAAUCCAAUACAAACUUAAAACAUAAAUACUGACCCUGUAGUUUCAGAACCAAAUGAAUGAGCUAAGCCAAAACAGACCCUUCCUGCUUUGCCCCUCAGGUGGACAGUAGAUGUCCAGAACCCCCUACACAGGGAUAGGAAAGGAACAAAGACCUCGUAAGUAGAAGGUCCUAAUUUCUUUUGCUUGAUUCUAACCAUCUCUUCCCCAGUUCACUAUUUCUGUGUGAUGCUGGUGAGAGCCACAGCCUUUUGCUGUAAAGAUUCUGCCUCUGCUUAGUGUACCUGACAGUGAAGAACCAGGCUAAGAGGAGAGUGUUUAGGGCCUGCUCCAUUUUAGCUAGUAUGUUUAGGGUCUUUUUGUUUAGCCAUUGAUAGGAGUUUGAGCUGGAGAGGAGGGAAAUAAAAGAGAUUGCCUCUGGCUAAGGAGUAGGUUAAUGCCUGGGAGGAGACAGGAGGGCUUUGACUUCCUCUCCUUCCUUUGUCCUCUGAGGGUCUAGUGGGAAACUCUGAGUAAGAAAUCAGAACGUUUGGCUUCAUAAGUGGUUUCCCUACUGCUGGUGGGAUUCAUACAACAUUGGAACUGUUCAGACCCUACCAGUAGAGACUGGCCUCUGAUUGCACUUGGGCUACUGGCAGUACCUACCUAGGAUUAUCUAAUGGCCAAAGUGUGGUGUGGGUGAACCGUACUGCGUUUUGGGUUUGGCGAGCCUGUUCUCUUCAAGCUGAGGUUUUAUAUAUAAACUGCCCCUGCUCCCUCCAACAGUUUUGUCUCCUACCGUUCCCAGCCUCACCAGCCAAGUCAUGUGUAACAUGGGAAACAAACACCAUUGACUUGCGUUUCAGUUGCUCGACAGGUCUCCAGCAUUAAAAGAUCCAAUGCAACUAAAGAGGCUGUUUUUAUAUUAUUUUUGUUUUGGUUCAGUGUUCUCCCAUUAACAACUAAACAGGAACCAUACGUUGAGGCAGAAGUUAUUUUGAACACCCAAAAUAUUGGGUCUAAUUUUAAAACUUUUAAACUCACUACUGAUGGUCCUACUACACUAGGCGAAUUUGUGCAGACACUUUGCCGGUGCAUUCGUAUACACUGUAUGCCUGUGCUCCAAAGCUUUCUGUCAUAUGCAUCCUCCAACAGUACAGCACAGAAUGGAUUUAACUGAGCAUGCAAAUGCUAAGCCAGAAUUUUGAGGGUUGGGGAGAGGAAGAAAGAGGGGAAGGAACUGAAAAUGUAAAACUAUGCCAGAGAGGGGAAAAAGACAUUCAGAACCAGCCAACACUGAAUUUCUCUUGUUUUAACUCUGCCACAAGCAUGCAACUGUAUUUUAAAAGAGAUGACUUAAGUUGGCAGCAGUAAUCUUUUAGUAGCGUGGACCACAGUCUUGCAUUAAGUCGAAUUUGGCUGAAGUAAAGAGAAUUUCCUCAAAAUGAACUUCACUGGGAUAAUCAGCAUAACUGCCCCUAAAACACAGCACUAGCCAAAGAAGGAACUGCCUGCUUUUCUUACUGUGCCUAUAUUAAGAUUAACACAAGCACGGUGUGUCUUUCCAACAUUUAUUGAAGUGCCAUGUCUGUUACAUAAUGUAUUGGAGUCACUGAUGAUGUGAUGAUAUGUUUUUUCAUUAGUACAGUAGGAUGGUUUUUAAAUGGCAAGAUAUUUGCAGUCUUGAUCUUUCCUGUUAAAAUAAUGCCAAACACCAAAUAUGAAUUUUAUGAUGUACACUUUGUGCUUGGCAUUGGAUGAGAAAAACACCCUAAAACACACAUCUUGCAAGCCUGUAAUUUUUUUUCUUCUGUUAUUGUAGUUAUUCAAAAAAGUUCAAAAUGUAAGUGAAAAAUCUGGAGGAAAGGAUAAUUUCCACUGUGUGGAAUGUGAAUAGUUAAACAAAAAGUUAUGGUUAUUUAAUGUAAUUAUUAAUUCAAAUCCUUUGGUCACUGUGAUUUCAAGCAUUUGUUUUCUCCUUUAUUUGACUUCCUUUGAGUUGAGCAAAGAAGAGGCCGGCACACUGUGUGCUGUGGGGCGCUUUUACCUGGUCAGCGGGAAAUAACGAGGUCUUCACGUAUCUGAACGUGCACCACAGAGUCAAGACCUGAGCUUUUAUUUUUUUAAAUUGAAUGUUCCUUAAAGGUUAACAUUUCUGAGGCAAUAUUAAGAAUAAUUUUAAAUGCUAUUUUGGGAGACUUACGUGUGUGUGUACAAACAAAUAGCAGAUAAUAGUGAAUAGUUCACAAGUCCUUUUAAGGAGAAAGUCUAAAAUGAGAAAUGUAUGUGCAGAACAUUUAUAAGUGACAAGUUAAUGCUUAAGAGUGAAAGUAGUCUAUUGAUUGUGUCAUUCUCAAGAUAUUUAAUAUCAACUGCAUUGGUAUUAUGUCUGCUUUAAUCAUUUAAAAACAAGAGAGGAUUAUAUAAACUAUGAUUGAGGUACUUUGCUGUGUAUGAGGAUGAGAGGAGAUUUGAUAGUAUCAUAGAAGUUAAUUUGGUUUAAAGUUUUAUGAAUCUGUAAGUAGAAUGUAAUUUCACUCAAAUUAUGUUCUCUAUAACCUUUCCCAAAGAGCAAUCAAUAAAUUGAACCUCUUCUCUG